AUGAAAUUCUUGAUUCUCUCUGUUUGCAUUUUGGCAGUUUCUGUCUAUUGUGGGGAUUAUGCUGGAGGAGGUGCAGCUGCAGGUGGAUAUUCUGGAGGUGGAGGAGAUGCUGCGGCUGCUGCACCAGCCCCAGCCGCUGAAGCUGCUCCAGCUCCAGCUGCCGAAGCUGCACCUGCACCAGCUGCUGAUGCUGGAGCUGCUUCUGGUGGUUCAUAUGGGGGAGAUGCUGGAGCUGCAGCUGCUGCACCAGCACCUGAAGCUGCUCCAGCUCCGGCUGCCGCAGGAGGUGAAGGAUAUGCCGGAGGAGCUGCUGGAGGAGGUGGUGGAGCUUAUCCAUCAAAAGCGAAAAUGGCCAAAUUCUUCAGAAUCUAA